AUGUCUGCACCAAGAUUCCAGAAAGUAAACUUUGGGAGCCAUGAUAAUUACAUUCCAGUCAGUGAAGUAAACAGAAAAUCAUGGAAUCAGCAAUACUUUGCCUUGGCAUUUCCCAAACCGCCACGGCCAGGAAGAAAACGGAGAUCAAUGCCUUCCCUAUUAAGAGAUAAGAGAAUUCCUGAAUAUAAUCAAGAUAAAUCAAGGGGAGGCCGCAGACAACCGUUAUGGAUGCACCAUUCUCUAAUGACAAUUUCUGAAGGACCAUCUGCUUAUUUAGCUGCCAGGACACAGCCUCCAUCUAAAUCAACUCAUCGCCCCAAGGAAGAUGCUGAAAUAGGCACUAAAGGCGAAAAAGACAUUACAAAAACAGAUGCCAAAAAAGACAAGAAAGAUGCAAAGAAGGGCAAGGAGCCAGCUACAGAAUCUGAAAAUGAGAAAAAGGAUGCAAAGAAAGAUGCCAAAAAAGAUAAGAAAGGUUCAAAGAAGGGCAAGGAGUCAGCUACCGAAUCUGAAGAUGAGAAAAAAGAUGCAAAGAAAGAUUCCAAAAAAGAUAAGAAAGGUUCAAAGAAGGGCAAAGAGUCAGCUACCGAAUCCGAAGAUGAGAAAAAGGGUGUAAAGAAAGGUUCCAAAAAAGAUAAGAAAGAUGCAAAGAAGGGCAAGGAGUCAGCUACAGAAUCUGAAGGUGAAAAAACGGAUGCAAAGAAGGAUAAGGCCGAGAAAAAAGACACAAAGAAACCCAAUGAGAAGGGUGAUGAAUCAAAGGACAAGAAAAAUGCAAAGGGGAAGGGGAGUAAAAAAGAAAAGAAAGAUGAAAAGAAGCCCGGUAAGACAGAUAGCAAAUCAAAGGACGAGGCCAAGAAAGAUGCCAAAAAGGAUACUGACACAGAAUCUGCUGAUGCAAAGGAUUCAAAGAAAGAUGCAAAGAAGGAUGCAAAGAAGGAUGCAAAGAAGGGCAAGUAGCCCUUGGAUAAUAAUUCAAAAGCAUAGUUGAUAAAACAAUUUUAGUAGUCUGCAACUGAAUCUAUGAGAGUAAAGGGGAGUUCAAUGAAUUAAUCAAAUAUUUUUUUAAAUGGAGUAAAGAAGAAUACAAAGAAAGACUCAGAGAAGCUUCAUUAAAAAUGUAACAUGUUAAUAAAAAUUAAGAGAUAAUUCAUUGAAGGACUUGAAGGAUACUUAUGCUAAAUUUGGGGAUAUAAAGGAUUCAGUGAAAGAUCCCUAGAAAGAUUCAAAGAAGACUAUUCAAAUAAGGAUGUAAAAGUUAAUGACGCUGAAUCUGCAGAUCCAAAAAAAUAAAUCAACAAAGUCUUCAAAAAAAUCCAAGUAGGCGUAUGUUGAAUCCAUAGAUUCUAAUGAUCUGAAGCUGCAUCCAGAGAUUUAAAU